GAAGACCAGGCACUACCGCUACUGCCUCCCGGUCACAUCCGGGAACUUCUCUACCGACUCCUGACGUUCCGACGUGCGAGCCGUUAGGUUUAUUUGAAACUCACGCAGAGCCAAUCCAUCGGCGCCUGAGGGGAGGGUGCGGAGAGCAGUGGCCAAUCACCGCCCCUCUGGAGACCGCAGCCUAUGGGAAGGAGGUUGACAUCACACGCCAAUCGGCAUGGAUUUUAGAGAAAGAGGCUCAUUUUUUGAAUUGGUUGUGGCUGACACCCGCGAGGAAUGGCGGUACCAGUAAGGGGAAUCAGUGCUUGAACAGGUGGACUUCCGAGGCGUUUUUUGAGAGUGGUGAGGACUUUGUGGAUGUGGGUUGGGGAGGUGGGGAGUGGGCCAACGUCUCCGGAGCAUUGGGCUCCUUUUCUUGUCGGACUGCCCCACCCCGAUGACCGCGAAUCCCGAAGCACCCCUGCUCAGGCUUCCUGGCUCUGGAAACUCCCCCACUGCACUCCCAACAGCUAGGCAGUGACCGCAGUGGGAUCCCGAAGGCCUGGUCGUGGGGCAUCUUCAUCCCUCACCUGCCAACAGAGAAGAGUACUAAUAAUGGCUGACAAUAGUGUCUUAACAUCUACUACUGGGAGGACAAGCUUGGCAGACUCCUCUAUUUUUGAUUCUAAAGUUACUGAAAUUUCUAAGGAAAAUGUAUUUGUUGGAUCUGCUUCAUAUGUUGAAGAAGAAAUGCCUCAAAUUGAAACGAGAAUGAUAUUGGUUCAGGAAGCUGGAAAACAAGAAGAACUUAUAAAAGCUUUAAAGACUAUUAAAAUAAUGGAAGUCCCUGUUAUAAAGAUAAGAGAAAGUUGUCCUGGAAAAUCGGAUGAAAAAUUAAUAAAAAGUGUUGUUAAUAUGGAAAUUAAAGUGCCCUUUGUAAAGAUGGAAUCACUGGAAGAAUUUGAAAGUUUGGAUUCUCCAGAAUUUGAAAAUGUAUUCAUAGUCAUGGACUUCCAGGAUUCCAUUUUUGAUGAGUUACACAAGACUGAUUGUAGAAUUAUUGGACCACCAGUUAUCUUAAACUGUGCCCAAAAAGGAGAGCCUUUGCCUUUUUCAUGUCGCCCACUCUAUUGUACAAGCAUGAUGAAUCUAGUACUAUGCUUUACUGGAUUUAGGAAAAAAGAGGAACUAGUCAGAUUGGUGACAUUGGUUCAUCACAUGGGUGGAGUUAUUCGAAAAGACUUUAAUUCAAAAGUUACACAUUUGGUGGCAAAUUGUACACAAGGAGAAAAAUUCAGGAUUGCUGUGAGUCUGGGCACUCCAAUUAUGAAGUCAGAAUGGAUUUAUAAAGCUUGGGAAAGGCGGAAUGAACAGGAUUUCUGUGCUUCAGUUGAUGACUUUAGAAAUGAAUUUAAAGUUCCUCCUUUUCAAGAUUGCAUUUUAAGUUUCUUAGGAUUUUCAGAUGAAGAAAAAACCAAUAUGGAAGAAAUGACUAAAAUGCAAGGAGGUAACUGUUUACCCGUUGGAGAUGAAAGAUGCACUCACCUUGUAGUUGAAGAGAAUGUAGUAAAAGAACUUCCAUUUGAACCUUCGAAAAAACUUUAUGUGGUCAAGCAGGAGUGGUUCUGGGGGAGCAUUCAAAUGGAUGCCCGAGCUGGAGAAACUAUGUAUUUAUAUGAAAAGGCUAAUACUCCUGAGCUCAAGAAAUCAGUGUCACUGCUUUCUCUAAAUACCCCAAACAGCAAUCGCAAAAGACGUCGUUUAAAAGAGACCCUUGCUCAGCUUUCAAGAGAGACAGACAUGUCACCUUUUCCUCCCCGUAAGCGCCCGUCAGCUGAACAUUCCCUUUCUAUAGGGUCACUCCUAGAUAUCUCCAACACACCAGAGUCUAGCAUUAACUAUGGAGAAACACCAAAGUCUUGUACUAAGUCUUCUAAAAAUUCCACUCCGGUUCCUUCGAAGCAGUCAGCCAGAUGGCAAGUUGCAAAAGAACUUUAUCAGACUGAAAGUAAUUAUGUAAAUAUAUUGGCCACAAUUAUUCAGUUAUUUCAAGUACCUUUGGAAGAGGAAGGACAACGUGGUGGGCCUAUCCUUGCACCAGAAGAGAUUAAGACUAUUUUUGGUAGUAUCCCUGAUAUCUUUGACGUGCACAUGAAGAUAAAGGAUGAUCUUGAAGACCUUAUUGUUAAUUGGGAUGAGAGCAAAAGCAUUGGUGACAUCUUUCUUAAAUAUUCAAAGGAUUUGGUAAAAACCUACCCUCCCUUUGUAAACUUCUUUGAAAUGAGUAAGGAAACAAUUAUUAAAUGUGAAAAACAGAAACCAAGAUUUCAUGCUUUUCUGAAGAUAAACCAAGCUAAACCAGAAUGUGGACGGCAAAGCCUUGUUGAACUUCUGAUUCGACCAGUACAGAGGUUACCCAGUGUUGCGUUACUUUUAAAUGAUCUUAAGAAGCAUACAGCUGAAGAAAAUCCUGACAAAAGCACUCUAGAAAAAGCUAUUGGAUCACUAAAGGAAGUAAUGACCCAUAUUAACGAGGAUAAGAGAAAAACGGAAGCCCAAAAGCAAAUUUUUGAUGUUGUUUAUGAAGUAGAUGGCUGCCCAGCUAAUCUUUUGUCUUCUCACCGAAGCUUAGUCCAGCGAGUUGAAACAAUUUCUCUAGGUGAACACCCCUGUGACAGAGGAGAGCAAGUAACUCUCUUUCUCUUCAAUGACUGCCUGGAGAUAGCAAGAAAACGACACAAGGUUAUUGGCACUUUUAGGAGUCCUCCUGGCCAUACCCGACCCCCAGCUUCUCUUAAGCAUAUUCAUCUAAUGCCUCUUUCUCAAAUUAAGAAGGUACUGGACAUAAGAGAAACAGAAGAUUGCCAUAAUGCUUUUGCCUUGCUUGUGAGGCCACCAACAGAGCGGGCAAAUGUGCUGCUCAGUUUCCAGAUGACAUCAGAGGAACUUCCAAAAGAAAACUGGUUAAAGAUGCUGUGUCGACAUGUAGCCAAUACCAUUUGUAAAGCGGACGCUGAGAAUCUUAUGUAUAGUGCUGAUCCAGAAUCCUUUGAAGUAAAUACUAAAGAUAUGGACAGUACAUUGAGUAGAGCAUCUAGAGCAAUUAAAAAGACUUCAAAAAAGGUUACAAGAGCAUUUUCUUUUUCAAAAACUCCAAAAAGAGCUCUGCGAAGGGCCCUUAUGACAUCCCAAAGCUCAGUGGAGGGAAGAAGUCCUUCCAGCAAUGACAAGCAUGUAAUGAGUCGUCUGUCUAGCACAUCAUCAUUAGCAAUUGUCCAUUCUGUUUCCACAAGCAAUAUAAUUGGAUUUACUAAAUAUGUUUAUGUACAGCGCUCAAACUCUACUGGUGGGCGCUCUCAAAACUCCUGGUUUCGAUCUGUCCGUCAUUCUGCCUCACGAGCUAGUUUUUCAGAGAUACUAGAAGGAAGUAUUGAUUUUUCAAAUUUCAAAAAAGUCCUAUCCAAGUCAUCUUUGACAUUUGUGAAGAAUUAGGAGAUAUGCCAAGCAAUAAUGGAAACAAGCCUCGUGAAAAUUUAAUGGUAUCCCAUCUCCCUCCCUUGUCAGCCUGCCUUCCUUCUUUGAAAGAAGAAGUCAUACUUUAAGCAGAUCUACAACUCAUUU